AUGGCGGCGCCCAGCCCGGAGGAGACGCAGCCUGCUGGGCGGCGGGGCCGAAGCAGCCGGACGCUGCUGGUCCGCCACCUGCCCUCCGCGUUGUCGUCCUCGGAGAAGGAGGAGCUGCUGAGGCACUUCGGCGCCUCGUCCGUGCGCGUCCUCGCCGACUGCGGGAGGCUGAAACACACAGCGUUUGCUACCUUUGCCAAUGAAAAUGUAGCUGCUCAGGCAUUAUCAAGACUUCAUCAGCUGAGCUUGUUGGGCCACACACUGGUAGUUGAGUAUGCAAAGGAGCAAGACAGUGUUCAUGCACUUAGCCAGUCUUCUCUCUCUGAAAAGGACAAAUGUCUUGAAGAACCAGUGAAGGAAGAGAAAGGGAAGAAAGAGCUAGGCUGCCUCCAAGUUGAAAGUGGAAUUGCUCCUAGCCUUGGACUAACUUUUCCUUUAAGCUCUUGCCUCAAGUACCUGUAUCCACCACCUUCAAACACAAUCCUGGCCAACAUAGCAAAUGCCUUAGCAAGCGUGCCUAAGUUUUAUGUGCAAGUUUUACAUCUUAUGAACAAAAUGAAUCUUCCCCCUCCCUUUGGACCAGUUACUGCCCGGCCUCCAAUGUAUGAAGGGUAUAUUCCUGUGCCCCUGCCACCUCCCCCAAUUCCACCUUUGCCUCCUGAGGACCCUCCUUUGCCUGAAGAAGACGACAGUCAAGAUUCAAGUAAAGAUGAGUCAGAAUAUGAAAGUGGUGAUGAAGAAGAAAAGGAGAGAUACACAAAACUGAUGGAACUAGCAACCCUUCAACCCAAGCGACAAAUACCGACAAAGCAACAUCGAGCAAGAAAAAGAAGAAGGCUAAAAGACUUAUUGAAUGUUUCCCUACCUGUUUCUCACAGUAACUUGCAUCCGGCACUCUCACCUUCAGAUGUGUUUGAGCAGCCACAGCCAGUUGGUCCAAAGAAAAUUGAAUUUCACAUUUCUACAGAUGUGCCUGCUGUUCUUCAACACAGUCUGGAGAAUGAACAAAAUAAUGAUAACUAUGCAGCAGCUGAUGAAAUAUCGAAUGCAGGAUUUGGAAAAAUCUUCCCUGCUCCUAGUUCCAGUCCUAAAGAGGAGAUGGAAGAAGAUGAUGAUGAAAUUCCUUCUGAAUUCAUUUCCAAAAGAGAGCUAGAAAAAGGCAGAGUCUCUAAAAGAGAAAUGGAAACACUUUCUGUCUUCAAAAAUUAUGAACCAGGUGAUCCCAACUGUAGAAUUUAUGUGAAGAAUUUGUCUAAGCAGGUUCAGGAAAAGGAUUUGAAGUUUAUUUUUGGAAGAUAUGUUGACUUUUCAUCUGAAACUGAACGUAUCAUGUUUGAUAUACGCUUAAUGAAAGAAGGCCGCAUGAAAGGACAAGCAUUUAUUGGGCUUCCUAAUGAAAAAGCAGCUGCGAAGGCUUUGAAAGAAGUGAAUGGAUAUGAUUUGUUUGACAAACCCAUGGUGGUUCAAUUUGCUCGUUCAGCAAGACCAAAGCAGGAUUCGAAAAACGAUAAAAGGAAAAGAUAGGAGAAGAGAAAACCCUGAAGGUUCGUUUUGAAUUCCAUGUCUUUCAAGUGCAUUCAAGAUCUAGGAGAAGAUGCAUGGUCAGCUGGAUUGUUGAACAGUGCGUACUGUCAUUUCAAAUGCAUUUAAAAACCCAGUACAAUUACUCAGCCUUAGGUGUAAAUGUUCUUUUAAACAAUGACACCCUUCCAA